AUGCCUCAAAAGUUGAAGGUUGCCGUGGCGCAGGCCCGCACUGGCCCCUCCCUCUCCGCUACUCUCUCUGCGUUGGAGCGCAUUACUCGCAAUGCAGCUUCCCAAGGGGUGAGCCUCGUGCUUUUCCCUGAGGCAUACCUCGGAGGUUAUCCUCGUACCUGUGAUUUUGGAACAGCAGUUGGUGCUCGUGCUCCUCAUGGACGAGAGCAAUUCUUGCGAUAUUUCCAAGAUGCCAUAGAUCUUGGAGAUACGCCCGCAGGUGCUGGAGAUGACUGGGUGGAAAGAAAACUGCCCGUUGCUAGGGGAUCUGAUCGUCGCGGCGAUGGCACGAGAGAGUUCCUUGAAAAGGUUUCUCGCGAGACCGGUGUCUUCAUCGCUACGGGUGUGAUUGAGAAGGCCGGUGGUACUUUGUACUGUUCGGCGCUUUACGUGGACCCGACCUCGGGUGUCUUGGGAAAGCGACGAAAGGUGAUGCCGACUGCUUCUGAGCGCCUCAUCUGGGGCCAGGGCUCGCCGUCUUCUCUAAAAGCUGUCACGACCGUUCUCAAUGGAGUGAAGCUUACCAUCGCUGCUGCGAUUUGCUGGGAAAACUUCAUGCCUCUCCUUCGACAGAGUCUGUAUUCUCAGAACGUGAACAUCUACCUUGCUCCAACUGCCGAUAGCCGAGACACAUGGCUCCCUCUCAUGCGCACAGUUGCUGGUGAAGGUAGGACUUUCGUCCUCUCUGCGAACCAGUGUGUCCGGUACCGCGAGUUGCCACCAUGGAUUACCGAUCAUGCUGAGAAGGAAGGAACUGCACUAGAAGGAGACCAGUACAUUGCUCGUGGUGGAUCAAGCAUUGUUGGCCCCUUGGGAGAAGUCCUUGCCGGUCCUGUCUGGGAAACAUGUGUUGACGAUGCACUCGAGUCUUUAGAAUCGGGAGAAUUCUCUGAUAAGGAAGGCCUCCUAAUUCAGGAAAUUGAUUUGGAGGAUUGUGAGCGAGGCAAGCUUGAUCUUGAUGUUGCCGGAAGCUAUUCCAGGAGCGAGUUCAAGCUGACGGUAGAGGGACUCGACUUGAACCCUCCUCCUUUUUGA